UCAGGCUGGUCGAGGGAGGGAUUUUCCGUUGCCGGCCCUGGGCCCGGGCCUUGCAGGAAGAGUGCGUGCGCUCUCUGCCGCUGGAAGACCCCCCUUUCCUCCCCCCAUGGGGGGCGCGUAAGACCCGGAGCUCCUCCUCCCCUCCCCGCAGGGUUUGGGCGGCUUGACCCACUACCCAGCGGAGAUGACGGAAUACAAACUGGUGGUGGUGGGUGCUGGUGGCGUUGGGAAGAGCGCAUUGACCAUACAGCUGAUCCAGAAUCACUUUGUGGACGAAUAUGACCCGACUAUAGAGGAUUCCUACCGGAAGCAGGUGGUAAUUGACGGAGAGACAUGCCUCUUGGAUAUUCUGGACACGGCUGGGCAAGAGGAAUACAGUGCCAUGCGUGACCAGUAUAUGAGGACGGGGGAAGGCUUCCUUUGUGUCUUUGCAAUCAACAACACAAAGUCUUUUGAAGAUGUUCACCACUACAGAGAACAGAUCAACCGUGUGAAGGAUUCUGAUGAUGUCCCCAUGGUGCUCGUUGGCAAUAAGUGUGAUCUCCCCUCUCGGACAGUGGAUACGAAACAGGCUCAGGAACUGGCCAGAAGCUAUGGAAUCCCCUUUGUAGAGACCUCUGCCAAAACCAGACAGGGAGUGGAGGAUGCUUUCUACACCCUGGUGCGAGAAAUCCGAAAACACAAAGAAAAGAUCAGCAAUGGGCGCAAGAAGAAAUCUUCCAAAAGGAAGUGUGUCAUCCUCUGAAGGGGGCAAGAGACUUUAUUCCACUGUUGGGAAUGCAGAAAAACCAUCUGGAGUUUGGGUUUCCCCCCUCUCUAGUUGCAAGAUAUAUUCUGAAGGCCAUGUCCCCUCCCCCUGUUUGGCUGGAAGGAGAAGGCAGCAGAGCUCUCUAAAACCUCAUUUUUAUUUUCCUAUUUUUAAAACUGGGACACUGUAUCAGAUAUAAGGAGGAUUUGUAACCACAUUUUAUGUUCCUGUCACUUCUUGCCCCUUUUUUCCUUUUUUUUUUUAAAAAAAAAAAGAUCACUGUGUUUCCAAUUAUAGAGGUCAGUCCAUAAAAAGUGGCCGGAUAUAGCUCGAUCCUGCUGGUUAGAUGGAAGUUGUAGCUGAAAGGCAGCGUCUCGGUCAGAACCUUAGGGGCCUUUCUCACUUCUGUAGCAUUUUCCCCUUUGGGUUCCAUCCUGGCAAGACUGAAGAGCAGGCCAAAUAGACUUGGUGCCACUUUUUCUUGCUAGCAGAAUAAAGGGUGACGUUGGGUGGAGGCGGCAGUCAAAAAUGCCAAGAGGGAAAAUGUGGAAAGCUAAACCUUCUGUCUAGCUGAAUACAUCUUCCCCACUGUUUUAAAAUAGAUGGUGCUCGGUUCUUUUUCUUCUGGGUGGCUGAGUUUUGUAUUUUGUUUCUCUUUCUACGUUUUGUUUGUUUGUUUGUUUUGGGCUGUUCAGCAUAACUUCUGAGCAAAGGCUCCUCUCCUUGCCUUUGAAGGAUAGGCUCAGCGCUUUUUUUUUUUUUAAUCAAGAGUGUUGUGGUGUGGGGAGAUCAACAAGGUGGAAAGGAGCGGGAUCUUUGGGGUUCCUCGUAAGAACAGUUGCUUCCCUCCGGAGGCAGUGGCAUCUAAUAAAUCUGCAAAACCAACAGUUUGUCUGUCUUUGGAAUUGGCUGGAUGUCGACACCAAGAGAAACAUCCUAACAUAACUAGCCACUGCUGCCUCUUUUACUAAACGGUUGUCCACGACUUGAUUUUGAUGCUUUAGGAACAAGGGAGAAAUUGGAUCCAAAAGUCUUAGUCCCUGCCUUGUCCCCAAACGUUGUGCCGCCUCCUUGGGUGGGGUAUAAGACUAGCAGGGAGAGACCAGGAGAAGUCAGAAUUAACUUUGAAAAUUAUCCUGCUAGUGGUUAAAUAAGGCAUCAGUUUCUAUCCUGUUGUGUAUUCAGCCUUUCCCCCCCAAAAAAACCUCAGAAUCCUGUUAACUGAUUGGGUCCUUCUCCACAGUCCUAAGGAACUAUACAAUAAAAACCCAUCACUGGGAAUAAACCUGUGAAUAAGCUAACUGAUCUAUGAGGUCUGAUGUCUGUGGGGAUGUCUAUUUCCAAACAAUAAACAUUGAAGCAAUCCUC